CAAUGCAACUCUAACGUGGUUAUGUGAACGUUUGUUAUUUGCCGAAUUAAACAAUGUUACAAAUAAGCAAGCUUUGUUUUACAACAUCCAGCUUAAUUGCCGCACAGCGGCAUGUCGGACUCACCGCCGUUCGGUGCAUUGAUCAGAGCUGGCGGGCGGGCAAGGGAUUGCCGGAGAAUCCCAAUGCAUUUGGUCCACUCACAAACAUGCCCGACUACACGUACCUUGAUGGCAGGACGACGCCGCUGGGCUCCAACCAGAAGAAACGCUUGAUGAAGCAACAGGAGAUUGCGGCCAAAAUUGUGGAGCUCAGCAGCGAACUGGACUUUGCCAAGCAGCGUCACGAGCGUCUCAAAAUGCAGGCCCAGGCCGAAAAGCAACGCAUUCUGCAGAAUAAGCUAAAACCAAAGGGUCAUCUCUUGUUAAAAAAGAAAUAGUCCAGAUGUAAAGCCUACUUAUUGGGUGCCCCUUGAAUGUUCAUUAACGUUUACGAUAUACUAUUUUCACUAUUACACAGAUAUGAUUGUUAUCAGCUCAUAUUAUUUUUAUCUAAAAA